UGCGUGUACAUGCUUUACAUGAAUGACUUAAGUCACUCAAACUGCACCUAAAUGUGAAACGUCAUCAAGUGAAACUCUACCUUUAACCGUCCCACAACCCAGUGUAAAUAUAGGUUAAGAAGGGCGGAGGUCAGAGGAGACUCCACCUUUGUAUCCCGGGACUGUGCCCUUCUCCUCCCCGAUAGGAAUGCCUGUUAGUGAUACAGGAUGCUGUUUCCUUUGGUAUUGUGUGCACUUAUGCUGAUAGGGAACUGUAAAGUUCAAGAAGAUGAAUGGAUUGACCCCACGGAUAUGCUCAAUUAUGAUGCAGCGUCAGGAACAAUGAGAAGACCUUACAAGGCAAACUAUCAUGACUCUGAGGAUAAGGCUGUGGAUACAGACAGUACUGAAAUCACACAAAGUUGUUCCAGGAUAAUAGAUUCCUUGCAACACAAGAUUGCAGAAUGUGAGAAGAGGAAUGCCAAAUCACAUGAAAGUCGUAGCUUUUAUAUUUUUAAGCGAUACUUGAAUAAGAUUUUAAAUGAAGCUGGAAAACUUGGCCUUCCUGAGGAAAAUGUGGGCCAUGUCCAUUACGAUGCUGAGAUCAUUCUUACAAAACAGACCUAUUUGGAGAUCCUCAGGUUUGUCAAUGAGGAAGCCUGGCAGCCAGGUGCUAUGGAUGAGGCACUGAGUGAUAUUUUGAUCAAUUUUAAACACCAUGACGAUCAAGCGUGGCAGUGGAGAUUUGAAGACGCUUUUGGAAUUGAUCUCUAUAACUUGUUUUUGCUACUCUUGUGCUUAGUGUGUAUUGUAACUGUAAUAGCUACAGAACUCUGGACACGUGUUCUUUGGUUUGUUCARCUAAAACGUGUUUUAUUAAUAAGUUUUUUCAUCAGUUUUGCAUGGAAUUGGCUUUACUUGUAUAAGCUGGCCUUUGCACAGCACCAGGCAGAGAUUGCCAAAAUGGAGCAGUUUGACAAUGUCUGUGCUGAGAAGCUGGACUGGCGGGGRAGUCUGAUUGAAUGGCUUAGAAGUACAUGGACCCUUCAGGAUGAUCCCUGCCAGAAGUACUAUGAAACUCUGCUUGUAAAUCCUAUUUUGCUAGUUCCACCGACAAAGGCCUUGGCAAUAACUUUCACAAACUUUGUAACUGAGCCUUUGAAGCACGUAGGACAAGGUAUUGGUGAAUUCAUCAAGGCACUUAUGAAGGAGAUACCAUUAAUUCUGCAGGUUCCAGURCUCAUUAUGAUGGCUCUGGCUGUCCUGGCUUUUUGCUAUGGUGCAGGAUCAUCAGUGUCUGCAUUAAGAUACUUAACGUCUUCUCAGAGGAAARGUCUUCCUCCACCUGCCAGUCAGCAGGAGCAAAUAGCCUUUGGGCAGUAUGAUGGGAGGACAGCAGAUGAGUAUUAUUUGCAGAAGCAUCCUUAUGUCUACAGAGGCCACCAGGACAGAGGGGACGACACCUUGAAGCCUCUGCCCAAGGUGAGAAUGGGCAGUGGCAGCAGGAGCCCAGACACGGCGCAYGCCAGCGAUGAGCCCGAUGCACAGAACAGAUCGUACACUGAAUCUGAAGUUCAUAAACUAGAAACUCUCAAAGCUGAAAAACUUACUGAAGAACCUGCACUUGAGCAGCAGAAACAGGAGACAGGCAAAGCAGAGGGAGAGACUGAAGAAAAGUGUGACCCUAAUAAAAACCUAGAAGGUGAAAGUUCUGUCAUGGAACCAUGUGAAGAGAAGAAAAAGAGAGUUUUACAAGACUCCCAGGAAGGAGACUAAGGAAGACUCAAGCUCUGCUGUGGAGUUGAGGAUGUUGCCGCUGAAGCAGCUGAGAGUCUGUUCUUCUCCUGGAAGCAGCACCGCUGAUCAUCCAUCCUGUUACUCUGGAACCGACUCAGCAGAUCAAAGAACCCUUCAUCUGCCAUUGUCUCACGACUGCUUUUCUGAAAAGGAGAAGAUUUAGGGGUAUUUGAACUUAGAGUACCUACAGCUGCCACAACUGCAUCAGAGUUUCAGUCCACUGAUAUGUUUGAUACUUGCAUAUCUGAAAUUUAUUAAAUGAAUUUUUUUAGUUUUCUAUAGCCAGAGAUCUAUCAUAGGAGGAGAUGCUAAUGAUAAGGCAGCAUUUUGGAAAGUGAAAUAUAUUAGAAACAUUUCAUUCUCUGAAAUGGAAAGAAACUGUUCUCGGAUCAUGAUACAACCGGAGUUAUUCCUCCUCAGCCAUUAAUCCAACAAAACCCCAAAUGCCCAUGAGUGGAAAAAGGAACAAGAGCAGCAAUGAACAAUUGCCAUUGACUCCCUCAGGUCUGUGACCAAAUGACUCAGUUCUUUCAUUUUGAACUGACUUCUCUCAAGAGAGUAAUAACCUAAAAAGUAAGUCCAAAAUACUUCCCAGUGCCUGAAACAGAAAAAACAGAUUUUGUUAAGUUUGGAGAAGUAGCAUCUAGAAGAGACUUAGAAUAAACAUUUAUGUGCCAGCUCUAACUUUAAAAGUUCCACCAGGAAUAAAUGUUUCAGUAGUAGGAAAAUGUUAAAGCUGGCACCACACCUGAGAGAGCUGCAGAAUGACCGAGUCUGCAUCGGUUGAGAGCCACAGUGUUUAAAUCAAGUUAAAUGGAAGAGGACAGCUGCAGGAAAGUGUUUUCCAUAAUUGUAAUCAUGCAAAGAUGAGUAAAGGCCAUUUKCUCCACAGCUCACCAAACCUACCCUCUGAGAGUUUGGAAGGCGAUGGUCAAUAGAAUUACUGGCAUCCUGCAAAACUUUGGAGGUUGUGCCAUUUUUGUACUUUUUGCCUUUUAGACGAUUUACAAAAUGAAGUUUUGUUGAAGUUU